AUGAAACCGCUCGCCUUUGUCGCGUUGCUGGCUCUCGGCAUAGCCUGCCUCGCCUCGUCCACCGCCGCCAUCCCGCUCUCGCUCACCCCAAAGCCCCACCCGCUCGUCAUCUGGCACGGCCUCGGCGACAGCGCCCACUCGCAGGGCAUCGAUGAGCUCAUCUCGCAGCUCAAAGAGGCGUUCCCCGGUCUCUUUGUGCACUCGGUCAACCUCGGCGGCGACAGCGACGCAGACGACCGCAAGCAGGGCUUCUUUGGCCAUGUAAACGACCAGAUCCAGGUGGCGUGCGACCAGCUCGCUGCCAUCCCCGAGCUCCAGGACGGCUUCGACGCAAUCGGCUUCUCCCAGGGCGGCCAGUUCCUCCGCGCCUACGUGCAGAGGUGCAACACCCCGCGCGUGCGCAACCUCGUCACCUUUGGCAGCCAGCACAUGGGCAUCGCCGACCUGCCCGCCUGCCAGCCCACCGACCUCCUCUGCCGCCUCGCAUCCACCGCCCUCCGCGGCGGCAUCUACACCGACUACGCCCAGUCCCACCUCGUAUCGGCCCAGUACUACCGCAACCCGACCGACCCGUCGGCGUUUGCAAACUACCUCGCCAAGAACGACUUUAUCCUCGACAUCAACAACGAGGGCCCCUCGGUCAACCGCACCUACGCCCGCAAUCUCGCCAAGCUCGACAACUUCGUCAUGCUCAUGUUUGACAAGGACGUCACCGUCGAGCCAAAGCAGUCUUCCUGGUUCGCCUCGUACCCCAUCCGCAACGCCUCGGAUCCCGAGGAGGGCAACGGCCACCACGGCGGCGACGACGAGCCGACGCCGUUGCGCCAAAGCGUCAUCUAUACCGAGGACAGGAUCGGGCUCAAACAGCUCGACAAGCGCGGCGGCCUCGUCAUGGAGCUGUGCCACGGCGUGCACAUGCAGAUCGACCCGGCGUGUCAGCUCAAGGUGUUUGGCAAGUAUGUCGGCACGCCGCAGCUGGCCUUUGUGCCCGACGCCGCCCGCCACACCUGGGCGCGCGUGCUCUAUACGUUCGGCGGGCUGAGGUCCGAGGAGUUUGGCGGCAUGCUCGCCACCAGCCUCGCCGUCAGCCUGUCGAUGUGGCUGCUGCUUCGCGGCAUCGUCUCCCUCGUCGCUCUCCCGGCAAAGAUUGUGCAGAGGCGCAAGGAGGGCGAGGGCCGUAUCCGACUCCUGUAA